CAGCAAAUUACACAUCCCUCCUGGAUACGAAACAUCUGGACAACUGAAGGGCUCAGAGGAGCUUAAAGUGAGACAGCUGUGAGACAGUACAGCAGACAGACUCUGGUCGUCGACAUGAAUCCUGCUCUGCUGGCGUCUGUCUUGUCUUUGCUGGCCACAGUGGCAGCUCAGCCAUAUGACCACUAUGACAUGGGCUGGGUGAAUGGCUACCGCCAGGGCUUCAACUUCCAGUGCCCCCAUGGAGAGCUCCUGGUUGCCAUCAGGAGCUACUUCAGUGAGAAGGAAGGCUCGGACCGACUGUGGUCUUUUGAGUGCCAGCCUGUACCUGAGAAUCUGGGUGAGCCAAGCGACUGCUGGUGGGACGACAUCAACCGAGCCGGAUUGGAGUGGACAUCCACCUGUACCCGGAAUGGCCUGGUGGCGGGCGUUCAAAGCAAGUACUUUGAAUCCACCCUCGACCGCGAAUGGCAGUUCUACUGCUGCUACUACAAACGCCGCUGUCCGUACUCCUGCAUGAAGACCACCGACGUUCCUGAAUACUACAGAGAGGAGGGAGAGAUGGUCAUCCCUGCUUAUGGCUACUUCAUCCGAGGGGCCCAGACCACAUUCAGCGGAGUGCUCAGAGAUCGGCAGUGGAAGUACAUCUUGUGCAGACUGACGGACUUUGACUGUGAAUUUGAGAAUUUAUAGUCCUUGUAAGGAGGGUCUUAUUUACACACAAACAUGUGAAAACAUAUAACCACUAGUUAUUCAGUCAUACCACAGUAACCACAAAUCAUAAAAGUAUUAAAGCUCUUGUUUAUGUCUUUUCAUUUAAUAAAUAGACCAACUUAAGGAAUGUUGUCUUGUAACCACUCUUCUUUUUUUUGUAUUGCUUUAGCAUUAAGAACUGAUACAUGAUGACACAAAAUGAUACACAGUGAAAUAAGCAUCUGCACAGCCGUGGAGUCAAGAGAGGAUGUGAGCUCCACAGCUUUUCACCUGGGGAGGACUGUUAACAGCAUGUUUUGCAAGCGUUUCCCAGACCGUAAAAUGUUUAUAGCAUUUUGGACAAAAAAAAAAAAAAAGGCUCUCUUCUACAAUUUCCCAGCAAGAGAAACAAAAGUGCUCAGUGAGCUGUGUGAUUAAGGAUAUUCUUUGGAUGGAAAAAUUGGAGCUAUAGUUUAGGGUAAUGAGGAGGAACCAGGCAUUAUGAGUGUUGCAGCCAACUGUGUCGCACCUACUUUGAAUGGAUGCCAAACCGUUUCUUCGUGUAUAACAUGUUAUGUUUGCCAUUUUUAUCUGUGUGAAAAAAAAUGGAAUAAAAAAAUAUUUAUUGUUAAA